AUGAGCGACAUUUCCAAAACGCCGGUUGUUGAGACGACUUCUGAGAACCGGGAGGAGUUCUUGGCUAGUUUCAGUUCACAAGAGGAGAAACAUAUCCGACGCAAGGUUGACAAGCGUUUCCUUUUGCUAAUUGGUUUGAUGUACAUGGUUAAGCAAAUUGACGUGAACAACGUCUCCAGCAUCAAAGUCCUGCAGGUUGGAGAGCAGUCCAACAUUCUCAAUGAAUUGAAUAUGUCUGCUGACCAGUAUAACUGGGUAUCCUCGGUAUACACGAUUGGGUAUAUUAUCUUCGAAACACCGAGUAAUCUCCUGCUAAAGAAGAUGACUCCAAGGCUAUGGCAGACGAGAAUUUUCUUCACCUGGGGGAUUGUUCUAGCGUGUCAGGCAGCUGUACAAAACCGCCAGGGCUUGCUCGCCCUGCGCUUCCUACUCGCAGUCCUUGAGACCGGGUCCUAUCCAGGAAUCUUAACACAGCUCAACUCGUGGUAUCCGAGCGACGAAAUGGCCACUCCGGUUGUGUGGCUAUUAGCUAAUGGAGAAGGGUAUAGGGUAUUCAUCAUUGAGGGUGUCAUCACCGUUCUCUUCUCGGGUGUUAUAUUUCUCGUGCUCCCCGAUUACCCCAAAUCUCCGAGGAGUAACAAAUGGCUCAGCCCACGCGAACAAGAAUUCAUUGAGGCUCGGCUGGGUGACCGUGCUCCUAAAACAGCCGAUCCGGCCUUCAGCAAAAAGGAGAUUCUCGCUGCUCUCCGAUCACCCAUUCAAUGGUCUUUUACAUUCUCCCAAAUGCUCAUUAACCUCGGAAUGUACGCGCUUCAGUGGUAUCUCCCAACCCUCACCACCAGUUUCGGCUUUACAAAACUACCGGCCAACCAGUUACUCAACAUUCCACCGGCUGCCACGGGCAUCAUUGGUGUAGUACUGGGCGCGUUGAUCCUGCGACACGCUAGUUUUUCAAAACCAAUCCAGCUAUUGGUGUACAAUGUGGGGAUGAUCAUCGCCUUCAUCCUUUUCUUCGUCGUUUCCGCCACACCCGGUCUAUACGUUGCAUGCAUGUUAGGCACCUUCUUCGUAAAUAUUUAUUACAUUCCCUUUAUCUCGUGGCGCUCGGCUACUAUGAAAGGGGCCACGGGAACAGCCUUCGCUUGGGGUUUACAGAAUUCCAUCGGCCAGCUUGGUGGUGUUAUUGGACCACAGCUGUUCCAGUCUAAGUGGGCAUAUAACAGAUAUAAAAACAGUUUCGGUAUUGCUCUAGCGGGGGUCGUUGCUGCCAUAGGGAGCAAUCUUAUCUGUUGGUGGCGGACCAACAAGCAGGAAAAAGAGGAGUUAGAGGCUUCAUCUCGGCCGUGA